AUGUCCUACACCGACUUCGAAUUGCUACUGAAUAAAGUGGGACAUAUGAUAGGGAAAACAGAUACUCAGAUGAGAACGGCAAUUCCAGUUAAGGAAAGGUUCUGCGUUGCGCUCAGGUUCUUUGCUAGCGGGGACAGUUUUGUGAGUUUGUCGUACCUUUUCAAAUUUUCUCCACAAAUUGUAUUCCAAUGCGUUUUCGACGUUUGCGAUGCAUUGAUUAGCGUUCUCAACGAUCAAAUAAAAGAUCUGUCUCUACCCCUCUCCAAUGUUCAAAGAGUGCCUGCAGUAACAAUUUACCAUAAUUUACUUUGUGAUCAGGUUCUGGGGUAUCACGGAUGCCAGCAUCUCGUGCAGAUACCCAAGCAGAAAAGCAGUCAACUUCAUCUUGGCCUAAAUAGAAUCGCAGACAGAAACAUUUGA